AUGACUGGAGAAGACAGUCUUUCGUCUAAGGCUGGAACAUUUGGUUUGAAAUUUAAAACAAUAUGGUUUCUUAUUUUCUUGUUUACGGCGUGUUGUUCACAAACAAGCCACAAUGUCACUGUGUUAAUAUUGUUUAAUACACAUUGUAAUCAAUACUUUUACGAGAAGGCUGAAAAAGUGUUGCGCCAAGACAUUUUUUCACGACCGUCUGAACUAAUACACUUGAAGCUGUUAAAAUCUAACGUCUCUCAGAUUAUAAACCGCACCAAAUCCGGCGGAGUCCUUGAGGCGCUUUCAUUUAUAGAAAGGAACUUUGACAAGAUUGACGGGACAGUAUUUGUGGACGCCACGAAGGAAGAUUUAGUUUUCUCCUCAGUGCUAGAAGAUCUCAACGUCUUAACGGUUGGAUUAUUUCAAGACGAAAAGCUCCUUCAGACUCAGGUAAAAACGAUGCGUGUCUUAAAAAAAACAUAAUGCAUAACUAUAUUUCCCGCUUUUCUUGGUGAUAAUGACUGGCACAGAAACCUAAAUGAAAUUAGUGUCCUGAAACAUCUACGCUAAUCGCAAGGGUUUCUUCAACAGAAAUGAAUAACUAAAAAUCUAAAUCAAUCAUCAUAGCUUUAUUUCUCAAUUUCCCAAGAAAUAAUUAUUUGGUGAUUGUCAUAAAUAUUUAAUGAUUUAUUAUUCCCUUUAGCCUUACUGAAAAGACAAACUAUACAAGUUCUGUAAUUGUAUUUGUAUCGCCUUUCAAUAGUCAUCUAUUUCCACUGGUGUACAUAGCUGCUAAGAAAUGACGACAUUUUGUAGGCAUGCUUUUAACAAAAACCGUUCAUGUUGUGAGGGAAAGCUCAGUUUAAACUUCAGAAAUUUCGCACCACGUAUGUGUUCAUCAAUAGCUUUGGCUUGUAUGUUUUUUUCCCAAUGCAGGUCACGUGAUGGUACUCAAGAGAACUCAGUGUUUCACAUCAAAUUCCAUCUUAUUCCCUUGCGUAUGUACUCAUACGGAAAGACACAGACUAAGGAUCAUAUGCCCCUGGAACUUCAUAAAGAAAACAAAACAUACAAGUUAAAGAAAAAGUCGCCUGUAUUAAUCUUGUUACUGGAUGGAAUUCAAUAAAACUUGCAAAACAUUUACACCAAUUCGAACAGAAACUAUUUGCCAAAAAGAAAGUUGCAAUGCGAUACUUAGAGUAACAUGCAAAAUAAAUUUUUCUAUUAUUAUCUUCAGGAAAGCUUGGCCGUAUUUUCAAGAACAGCAUCUCCUUCAGUGUAUCACUAUGUUACGUCAGCUUGGAGAAUUAUCACUAAACAUCGAUGGCACGGUAUUUGCGUAAUAGUGUCAGCGACCUUCGAAGGAAUGAUUUUUGCAGAGCAGAUAAAGAAGUUUGCUCUAAAAGAAAAAUGGAACAUCCGGAAAAUAAUCUGGUUAAUGGAAGACACAAAUAUAAAUAAAACAAUGGAAGAAAUCAACAAUGCAAUUACGAACAAUAAUACGGAAGCUAUUGUCAUGCAUAGUAGGUCAGGCAACGAGGAAAGAUUAUUCAAGUUAAUUCAAGAGUUAGGUAUUGACAAGUAUAAGACUGUUUGGAUUAUAACUGACAUUACCACCCAAUUUGUCAAUGAAUUAAGCAAUCUCCCACAAGGACUAUUAAAAAUCAGUCUUAGAAGGCCAACACGUUGUCAUGACUACGGUAUCUAUGACGACGCUCUUCGCGACAUAAUGUUGCUGUUUCAGUUGUCUUUUGAAGAAAGUUUGAGGGAACUUUUCAGGAAAUCAGGUGUAAUGAGUUGCAAAAAAGAAAUCAGCUCCCAGGAACUACGGCGACUUUCCAAGAGGUGAAUACAUCUUUGACAUCUUUGCACACCCACAAAGAGUUACUCCACUUUGAGGAAGCGAAAAUUGCUUUUCUUACACUCGUUUCAUGCUGAAUUCAGUAUAUUUGACGAUCUGGUAUCGAGAGAGGUCAAACUACAGUUGCCCCCUCCCUAUCCCUGGCAUUCUUACAGGAUAUUACAAGUAAAUCCUCUUUCUUACAUUCAAAUCCUUGCACAGUUUUUAAUGUACAUCCCCUGUACAUCCUCUGUUUUUCUUUUGAUUUCUUCCUUUCAACCUCGCUCUGGUUUUAAAUGUUGAAAGCUUUACUGAGCGCACAACUAACCCUUUUUCUCAGUCGUUUUUAGUUUCAAUAGUUAAGCAGCCAUCGAUCAUCCGCCGUCUUUAAAGAAGGCGCCUGAGCACAUAUUUAAGGAAUGCUGCACAGUUUGUUCAUUCCCUAACUGGUGAUUUGUUUAUUGCACUAAUUUUAUAUUCCUUUCUACAGGAAGAUGGUACAGACUUCUGUUUCAGAAAGAAGCAUGCUAUUUAAUACCAAACAAACCGAAAAUAGGAAUUACACUUUCAUGAUUUGGAAUCUGAACGAAGAUCUGCUUGGUGAGAAAAACUGGUUUCCUGUCGGAAUGGGAGCACCAGUUGGCGUUGCGAUGGAAACCUACAAAUCUCCCGACGGAAAAUCUAUCACACCAGUUUUUCAACAUCCAAGACCUGUUAUUCGUGUUGCUGUGAAUGAAUACCCGCCGUUUGUUUACAAGGUGAAUGUUGCCAGUGAGGAGGGUUGCGUAGGUCGCCUUUUGCCUUGUCAUGAGGUUCAAAAGAUGUUUUGCUGCUUUGGAGCAUCACUGGAUUUUCUUACGUUUCUCAUGAAAGAUUUAAACUUUGAAGCCUACGUUUAUUUCAAUCCAGAUGGCAGAUUUGGGGUAAUUGAUAACGCUACUGGUCAUUGGAAUGGAAUAGUUGGUGAAUUGAUACGGCACAAUGCAGAGCUUUCCCUGGAAAUGGGGCUCACCGAAAGAAGAUCGCGCGUGAUCAGUUUUGCGCAUCCAACUCUGCUGUUAGAGCUAGGAAUCUUAAUUAAUAGAACGGAAAUACGCAAAGGUAUGCAUCAUUCUUGAUGCUUAUUGGCUAUUUUAAGGUUGAGAUGGGUCUGGUCGGUGUUGUAUCGUAUUGUCCCUUGGGACACUUUGAGGACAGUAUAGCUUCUCAUUAGCAGCCAUUUCGAGUUUGCGCAAUGGACGGGGUUCCAUUCCCCUUCAAACAAAGGUGACAUAUAUUCACACUUGCACGCUUUUAUCUACGGCGCACGAUUUUCGUGCGUUUAAUGACUUCCUUUUCAUUCAAAAAACAUUUUGACAAAUUAUCACAGUCAAUAUGUAGCUUCAACUUAUAUCAGUUGAUAUUUAAGUCCCCUAUUUACUUUUACUAAUUAAAAAUAUAAUGCUGGUUUGUCGAGUUCCAUCGGAUUAUAUGCUGAAUUUUUUUUUCUAGAUUUAUUGAAAGAUUCUUGGCUUGAUCCUUUUAGUAAGAGUUUGUGGAUGACACUGUUGGGAACAUACUUUGGGUUAAUCAUCGUAAUUUGGUGGCUGGACAGAAAGAGUCCACAGGGACAUCAUCGCAAACUUCAAGAAAGUAAAGACCUGUAUGGAUUCACCUUGCUAGGUACGUACUACCCCUUUACCCCUUUGGCAAUUUUUUUUCAGAGUUAGUAGAGUGAUAAACACGCGAAAAGCGAGAAACGAGGGUGGUGGCCUCUCACGUCUCGCGCCCUCCAUAUUCCUUUGCUCGAUGGACUAGUAGAGACUGGGAGAGACUAAUCCUGAUCUACUAUUGAGCCUCCCCAGUUGUAUAACUCGUAACGUCGGACUUUGGAAGUCUGACGUUCAGCCCAGUCAAGACAGUCAAACUUUUUAUUUUAACGCUAGACGUUCAUAUUUUCGUCUGACGUUAGGUUUAUGUUGACGCUGCAAUCAUAAUACCUCCAACUGCACGUAUGCUUGUUUUCCCUGCGGGACGACGCGAAUGUCACUUGUAAUGAGGGACAGUAAAAAUACUACGACUUUCUUCUUCCUCUUUUUAACCUUGGAUACUGUCCUUGAGAUCCUACUCCAAAGACGAAGUCAGUGAAUUAGAAUAAUCGCGAUGAAGUUUGAAAGAAGGCAAUUUCACCGUGACUUUUCAUGGUACCUUAAAGUCAAUAAUAAUUACUGUAUUUACUCGAAUAAGCACCGCCCCUGAAUAAGCACUCUGACCCUGAAAUAAUCAAAAUCAAAAGACAUUAAUUCUGUUGGUUAAACACGGAAAAUAAUUAUACUAUAGUCAAUACAAUUCCUUAUCGCGCUCAACUUUCAAAUAAAUGCCGCCCUCAAAUAAGUGCCGUACUUGGGCGUGAAAAUUUUAUAAAGCGCCGCACUUUUUCGCGUAAAUACGGUGCAGUUUUUUUUCGGGUCAUAGGCUUCUGAUAACGGCUAAGAUUAUUUAUCUGGAUCAUUGUUUAGUCAAAGUUCUCUUGAAGACAACCAAAUAAAUUGUUAUUGUAGAUAAACCAUGAAAAAAAAUAUAGGAAAUUCACUAAGCGAAAAACGCAAUCUGCGUUUCAUUCUUUGUUACAUUUUUGUACUCCUUCUAAAAAUAGUUGUGAUUUUGACUUGCUCAGUUUCCGACAAUUGAAGGUCAGUUUUAGGCCCUGUCCAAACGUAGCCGGAUAUAUUUGAAAAAGGAGCUUUUUGUUCCGUUUUCAAAAAAUACGUGUCCAUCAUAGUGUAGUGGAAUCGUUUUCGCCUGUCCACAUGAAAACGCUAAAACGAUGGAAAUACGAUAAGGAAAUACGAUAGCAUCCCUUACAGAGCAUGCGUAAUGCUAAUUGUCUUUUUUUGUAGUUGUACAUGAUGCUUUUUUUCUCAAAAAGCUGUCGUUUUCAAAAAUCUCCACUCUGGGGGAAGUUUUUGAAAACCUGCGUCUUUGGUACCCGAAAAAGACGUUUUCGUGUGGACGAAAGGCUAAAACGAAGAAAAAAUCUCCGUUUUCAAAAAUAUCCGGUGGACGGGGAAAAAGAGUAACACUUGAGAUGUUUUUUAGAUUCCGUCAGCUAUGUUGGAGGUGUAGCAUUUGGGAAAGACAUUGGACCAGAGAGGACUCCUCUUAGCACCAGCUCUAGAACUGUAGCUUAUGUUUUCUCCUGUCUUGCUCUCAUCAUUAUUAACACUUACUGUGCCAACUUGACGGCAUUUUUGCUGGUUGAAACUGAUCGCUUUCCAAUAACUGGAGUUAACGAUCCAAAGGUGGGUAGUAUUUAGUAGUACCGGGUAGUACCAGAAACUCAUAAGGGGUGGAAACCAGCAAAUAGCCUUCAAUGCUCGUGAAUAUUCAUUUUUCUAAGCACCAUAUUUGGAAACCCUCGCUAGGGCCUCAAAAAAGCAUUAUGUUUAACAACAACACGCUUUUUUUGUGCAUUUCUUUGCCGUCAGCGCACUAUUACGACGUGAAAGUGCCUAAUUUCACGUUUUGUGGAGGACGUGAAAAAAGACUUUCUUUUCCUUUUCAUGAACUUAGAUACAGUCAGUCAAGAAUUCUACUCCACAAAAAUUUGCUAACAUUUGACGAAUUGAACGAGGUAGAAAAAUAAGCGCGAUAAACUUUGAAUCAGCGCGAAUUCACUUUUUAAGAGACGUUUUCGUGGCCGCCGCCGUCGUUGAGCGGGCGCGAGAACCUGGAGUAAAAUUACUUCUAGUCGUCCACGAAGUGUGAUUGGUCAGUUUUCAUUUGUUCUCGUUCCAAAUAUAGUACUUGCGAAAAUGAAUGUUCACGAGCAUCGGCAAAGCAAACAUAUGAGAGUUACACCUUCAAACCCCUAAUGAGCUUCUGCUAGUACUUUUUACAUCACACACGUCACACUGAAACUGGCGGCCAAACCUCUUUCCCAGAGUUAUGUCCCACUGAUCUUUGCGGAACGAGAGAAAAGCAGCAGAAAACACUGGGAACGAGAUUUUGAAACGGCCACGUUGGUUUUCAAACCGUAGUUAGUAGAGAAGACUGAAGGCGGCGGCAAACAUCAGAGAUACAAAAACAACGGUGCUACACUGCUAAAACAAAUUCCGAGGGAGUUUGAAACUUUUUCUUGAGUUAACACUUCAAUGAGGGUCAUAAUGGGGUUAACCGAUAGGCGUAAAACGGCCAAAAAUUUAGUCGAUAGCCGUAAAAAUUGAAAAAUUUUAACCGUUAGCCGUAAAAAGGGGAAAAAAAAAGUUAACCGUAAAAGAAAUUGUUCCCUAGAUUUGCUACUUUUAAGGAAGGUACUAAACUCACCUAUGGUUGCGUUUUUUAUUUCGCGGCUAGUUUGGCUCCGCACGCACGUUAGGUAAAGCGCCUUUUAGGUGAAGACCCAACUUUUCUCUGACGCUACGGUAGACAUUGCCAUGCCUAGUCCCUGUACGGCGUCUUCCCACGCAAUUUCGGUCAAGGCAUUUCGGUGGCGAACUCGCUCAAACCACGUGACCCGAAACGCAUUAGCCGCGCGAAAUAAUAAGGCCUACGGACAAGGCAAAACGGCUGACAGUGGUUCCGUACAGUCCUUCGCUACCAUUAAAAACACUGGACACGGGAAUUUUGUUAUUGGCCGUUUUCACACUAGAGCUAGAAACGGAUUAUCCGUCUGAGACUAGCCUGUGUACAGUCGCCCCCUUCCCGACAGACACCCCCUCUCCGAUUUUUUUCCUGAGGGUAAGGGGCGGUUGUACACAGGCUAUCUGGAACGGAUACCGUCUUCAAACUGUCCGUCGAAGUUGAAGGAUAAAGUCAGGAGGAUUGUUCAUGCAAAAUUAAAACUAUUCCAUUUUCAAAUUAAGACGUAUUACCUAUCUGACGCUAAUCAUCAAACAGAUAACCCGUCUCACACAAAUAAUCCGUCUUUAGUGUGAAAACGGCCAUUUCUGUUGUAAUGAAUGUCGCGCACCGGCCUUGAGUUAGGCAUUCGCGUGCGUGCUUUGCUUUUUCACAAAGACUUUUUUUAAAUUGACUAUUGACAUUUUUAUGUGAAAAAAAAUAUUAGAAGUGGAAUAGUUUAUAAAAAGUAUGAUCUAUCAAAUGUUAAAAUUGUUCAAAAGAAUAGCUUAUUUCAUAUCCCGAGAUGAUCCUGAGACCUUUAUUCUGCUUUAAAGAUACAAAAAAAUACAGGUUAAUUAAUAUUUAACUUUUUGAAACAAAAGAAGUUAAUUUUUAACUUUUUUGUUAACCGUAACUGAAAAAAAUUAGCCGAUAGCCGUAAAAGAGCCAAAAUUUUAGCCGAUAACCGUAAAUGCCACCACCCCAUUGAGACCCUCUUCCAUCUGUUCUCAAAUAAGGAAACAUACUUUUACCAUGGUAACUUUUAACACCAAGAAAAUAACCACAACUUUUUAGGUGUUAAUCGAGUGCUUGCGGCAAAGAUCCACUAAAAAGUAGUGCCGGAAACCAUUCUAACCUACCAUAAUUUCUUCUUUCAUUUUUUAGCUUAUAUCAGAACCUCCACUGUUUAGGGCAGCUGUUAUUGGAGGGUCAAGCGAGGAAGAUUAUUUCAAGAACCACGUUAAAUCGUCAUUCCGAAAGAUGUACGAGGUUAAUCUUCGAAGACACAGAGUGUCAAGCAUGGAAGAGGGAGUCGAACUUAUGCGGCAAGGGUAAGACAACUUCGUACAAUGCUCAAAUUUUGAUUAUUUGAUGCUUAUCUAAACUUUAAUUGGCUUCUUUCGCUCAACUACGAUAUCCUAACUUCUUUUAACCCCACAUUGUUUUCAGGGAGAUCCACGGAUUAAUUGGAGAUUAUUUAUCGCUCAGUAAAAUCGCAAACACAGACAAAAACUGUAGUUUCAAAUUAAUGAAAGAGGCAGCGCCCAAUUCUGGAUAUGGCUUUGCUCUCCCCAAGAACUCUCCAUGGCUGCAUGAAGUCUCACAGUCUGUAUUAAAACACGAAGAAAAUGGAACGAUAGCGUCAAUAGCGGAUCGAUGGUUUCCUAAAUCAGUCUGCAAAGGUUUGGAUUACAGAAGACUGGAAACAACUGACUUUAUAACUCUUUUCUGGACGGUCGCAGCGGCAUGUGUAUUUUCACUGAUCGUUUUAUUUGCGGAAAUUAUAACGUUUUUUGCGUUGGUCAAAUUUGGUACAAAUCUUGGGCCACUGGGGAGGUUCUUGAAGCGAUUUUUGCUGAACGCGAGAAGUGGGGAAGAAGAUCAAACCCUAAAACAGCAAGGAGGGCCAGCAGUAGUCAAGGCAUGUGACAUCACAACAAGAGAGAGUGGUUUAGAUAACAGCGCGUAUAAUGAUAUUUGUGAACUGGAAAGAAAAAUCGCUUCUUUGCGAUAA